CCAGACCUAAACGUGGGAAGGGAACUGGCCAGACAACAGUGACAGCUGGCCAAGAACAUGGAGGGAGGCUAAACGCAGGUUCUGAUAUCAGAGCUGUGCCUUGAAGGACAUGCAGGAUCUCAGUAGGCAGAAGAACAGACAUGCUGUGCUUUGGGGAGCUAAACAUAUGUAUCUGUGUCAUAUGUUCAUAUGGACUUGGAGGAUGAAGCAUGCCUUCCCAUCGUAUAGGAGACAGAAAGUUCAUUCCGGUACAAUGUCCUGUCGUCCUCACUAAAGAUGAGCCUUCAUUUUUGUCUCUGUACCACAGAUUGGAUUCGCACUGAGACAAAUGGACUCACAUGUGUAUUACAGCUAUGCAACAAUAUUCCAGGUGGGGACCUCGAACCACAAAGCUGGAGUAAGAGAAACAGAAUGAAAGGAAUACAUGGCCGCAUUUGAGGAGGUGAGGAGUGACAUUGGAAGCCGUGGUGAAGACAUUAGAAAAGUGAGCCUUAACUAUAAAGAAACAGAUGGACACCGACAUUUGCAACUGAACGUGCCUUCAGCUGUAAGUCUAGUUCCUGAUCCAAGGACCACAGCAGAACCCUCCCAGUCCCCAGAACCAAAAACUAUGGAGCUUUCUGACAGCGACCGACCCAUCAGCUUCGGCUCCACCUCAUCCUCGGCCUCCUCCAGGGACAGCCACGGUUCCUUUGGCAGCAGAAUGACUUUGGUUUCAAACAGCCACUUGGGCUUAUUUCACCAGGAUAAAGAGGCUGGGGCCAUAAAGCUGGAGCUGGUACCAGCACGACCAUUUUCCAGCAGCGAACUGCAGAGGGACAAGCCUGCCGGACCACAAAACAUGAAUGGGGUCAGCGAGAAGCAGCCUAGGACUCCAUGGAGAAUGGACACGAGUGGGACACCACAAACCACUGCAGACUCGGCCACCAGCCCCAAGCUCCUCUAUGUAGAUAGAGUUGUACAGGAAAUCCUGGAGACAGAGAGGACCUACGUGCAAGAUCUAAAAAGCAUCGUGGAGGAUUACCUGGAGUGCAUACGGGACCAAACCAAACUUCCCCUGGCGACUGAAGACAGGGCUGCUCUUUUCGGAAAUAUACAGGAUAUCUACCACUUCAAUAGUGAACUUCUUCAAGAUCUGGAAAACUGUGAAAACGAUCCUGUGGCCAUAGCAGAAUGUUUUGUGUCCAAGAGUGAAGAGUUCCACAUUUAUACCCAGUAUUGCACCAAUUACCCAAGGUCUGUGGCCGUGCUAACUGAGUGCAUGAGGAACAAGAUACUCACCAAGUUCUUCCGGGAGCGCCAGGAAACUCUGAAACACUCACUACCCCUAGGGUCCUACCUCCUAAAACCAGUUCAGCGGAUUCUCAAAUAUCAUCUCCUUCUUCAUGAAAUAGAGAACCACCUUGAUAAGGCCACGGAAGGCUACGACGUUGUGCUGGAUGCCAUAGACACGAUGCAACGAGUGGCCUGGCACAUCAAUGACAUGAAACGGAAGCAUGAGCAUGCUGUCCGCUUGCAGGAGAUCCAGAGCUUGCUAACCAACUGGGAGGGGCCUGACCUCACCAGCUAUGGGGAGCUGGUGCUUGAAGGAACCUUCCGCAUCCAGAAGGCCAAAAAGGAGAGGACUCUUUUUCUCCUGGACCAGCUGCUGCUCAUCACAAAAAAGAGAGAUGACACGUUUACAUACAAAGCUCAUAUCCUGUGUGGGAACCUCAUGCUUGUAGAGGUCAUACCAAAAGAACCACUCAGCUUCAGUGUCUUCCACUACAAGAACCCCAAGCUUCAGCACACGGUUCAGGCCAAAUCUCAGCAAGACAAACGUCUCUGGGUUCUGCACCUGAAGAGAUUAAUUCUGGAGAACCACGCAGCAGCAGCAAAGAUCCCAGCUAAGGCCAAGCAAGCGAUUCUUGAAAUGGACGCCAUCCACUAUCCAGGCUUCUGGUACAGUCCUGAGGGAGAGAUGAAGACACCAUGUGGUUCUGCACCACAACGGCUGAGACGGAAGUCAGAACCUUCCUCGAGAUCACACAAAGUGUUGAAGACCAGCGAAACUUCACAAGAUAUCCAGAAGGUUUCUAGAGAGGAAAGCCCUUCCCAGCUGACUUCUGCCAUGCCUGCCCAGAGGAACCGCCAGCCCGGCAGCGCUGCCGUUAUCAAUAUGCUUCGCGGGGGAGGCGGUGUUAGAAGCCCGUGGACAGAUCACCACAUCCGGCAGCCCUUGUUUCCAAGCCGCCGGUCUCCACAGGAGAAUGAGGACGAUGACGACGAUUACCAGAUGUUUGUCCCGUCCUUUUCUUCCUCGGAUCUCAACUCCACCAGGUUGUGUGAAGAGAACGCUUCAAGUCGCCCUUGCAGCUGGCAUCUGGGACUCAUCGAACCCACAGAAAUCUCCAGCUCUGGUCACAGGAUAGUCCGACGGGCCAGUAGUGCAGGUGAAAGCAACGCAUGCCCUCCUGAAGUAAGAAUUAGAGACUGUGAUGACUCUCAGUACUGUCCCGGGAGAGAGCUGCAGAACAGUUCUCAUCCAGGAGGAGAGAGAGGGAUGACUCCCUAUGGGUCGUCUGUAGAGUUGACCAUUGAUGAUAUAGACCAUGUCUAUGAUAACAUAAGUUUUGAAGACUUAAAGUUAAUGGUUGCUAAGCGGGAUGAAACUGAAUAUUCUUUCUCCAAAUCAUCCAGAGACUCUGUUCGCCCCAAGAGUACCCCAGAGUUAGCCUUCUCAAAGAGACAGGCUAGCCACAGUACAAGCUCUCUCCACUCAAAGAAAGAGGCAGGCCUCGGUGGUCAAGAGGCAUCCACCCAACGCGUACAUGAACACCAGGAAGUGGAAGAAAACAUCUAUGACACCAUAGGGCUUCCAGACCCACCAUCGCUGAACUUGAACCACAGCAGCCUUCAUCAGCCCAAAAGGAGCACCUUCCUGGGUCUGGAAGCUGAUUUUGCAUGCUGUGACAGCCUGAGACCAUUUGUCUCCCAGGAUAGCCUCCAGUUCAGUGAGGAUGACAUAUCUUACCACCAGGGACCCUCCGAUACCGAUUAUUUGAGUUUGUUAUAUGACUCUCCCCGCUGUAACCUGCCUAUUGCAGAUAAGGCUCUGUCCGACAAAUUGUCUGAAGAAGUAGAUGAAAUCUGGAAUGAUCUGGAAAAUUACAUCAAGAAAAAUGAAGACAAAUCAAGAGACCGCCUCCUUGCGGCCUUUCCUGUGAGCAAAGACGAUGCACCAGAGAGGCUAUAUGUUGACCGCACCCAUGAGCUGGGCAGGGAUACAGGACAUGCCACAUCUAUGCUGGCCCUUCCUGCAAGCCAGACUUUCCUCCUGCCUGGGAAAAGCAGAGUUGUCAGAGCUAGCAGGGCCAACUGCUCCCUGGAUAAUGACAUUAUUUCAACAGAAGGCUCCUUCCUGAGUCUUAACCAACUCUCUCUGGCCAGUGACGGGCCUCCUGUGGACAAUCCCUAUGACCUGGCCAACUGCAGCCUGCCCCAGACAGACCCAGAAAACCCUGACCCCGGGAUGGAGGUCACAGACAAGACUAAGAGCAGGGUCUUUAUGAUGGCCAGGCAGUAUAGUCAAAAGAUUAAGAAGGUAAAUCAGAUUUUGAAAGUGAAAAGCCCAGAGUUGGAGCAGCCACCGUCCAGUCAGCAUAGGCCCAGUCACAAAGACCUGGUGGCCAUCUUGGAAGAGAAGAGGCAAGGAGGGCCCGCCAUUGGUGCCAGGAUCGCUGAAUAUUCCCAACUGUAUGACCAGAUUGUGUUCAGGGAGACACCCCUUAAAGCUCAGAAGGAUGGCUGGGCCAGCCCCCAAGGACCCACCCUCCACAGGCCUGUGUCACCUCCCCAGACCCAGGGCGCUGGUGAGGACUGGCUCUGGCAUUCGCCCUACAGUAACGGAGAGUUGACUGAUUUCUCUCCCCAGACAGAACAAGACUCAAAGUCAAAAUACCCCAUCACAUUAGAGAGCAUCGCAAAAAUUAGGCCCAGGCAGUUGUCGGGUGCUUGUUCGGUGCCUUCUCUCCAAGUGUCGGACCCUCUGCUGGGCUCUGUGCAGCAGAGAUGCAGCGUGGUGGUCAGCCAGCCCCACAAAGAGAACUCAGGUCAGAGUCCUCUUUACAACUCGCUGGGUCGCAAAGCAAUCAGCGCUAAACCCCAGCCUUAUAGCAGGCCUCAGUCAUCUUCCUCGAUCUUGAUAAACAAAUCUCUGGACUCUAUCAACUACCCCAGUGAGACAGAGACCGAGCAACUACUCUCUUCACAGAAAAGUCCCAGAGGCGCGAGCCAGCAGGAUUUGCCCUCAGGGCUAGCAAACUCAUGUCAACAGGACAGGGGCAAACGGUCCGAUCUCACGCUCCAAGACUCGCAGAAGGUUCUCGUGGUAAAUAGAAAUUUACCCUUAAGCGCUCAAAUAGCGACGCAGAACUACUUUUGUAAUUUCAAAGAUCCCGAGGGAGAUGAAGAUGACUAUGUGGAAAUCAAGUCAGAAGAGGACGAAGUGCGGCAGGAUCUCUCUCCAAGGCGGGGCAGGAAGUCUGACCCACAGAUCCCGGACCCUGACUGUUCCGAUAGCAUCUGUAGCCACAGCACACCUUACUCUUUGAAGGAGCCAGUGAGUGGCAGGCUUGGGCUUCCUCCUUACCUGACAGCGUGUAAGGACUCUGAUAAACUGAAUGAUUAUCUGUGGAGGGGGCCCUCACCCAAUCAGCAAAACAUUGUCCAAUCUCUGAGGGAGAAAUUUCAGUGUCUUAGCUCAAGCAGCUUUGCCUAGGUUUCUAGAACUGUCCAAAUUAGCUCCCUAGGCUUACAAAUUACCAUACGAAUGAGGUUGUUUUUUUCUGUAUUUUCUUUCAGUAUAUGCACUGGUUUAAAACAAUUUUGUAAUAACAAAAGGGUAAAAUGUGCUUUCGCUUAUAGCACAACUCUUUGAGCUGGCUAACCAUGACAUUUACCACCCCCACCCCCAUGUCCUAACAGUAGUACCCACUCUUAGAAUACCUUCUCUCCACACCCCAAGGAGUUUUAUACUGUGACUCAGAGGCACCACAAGUGAAUCUCUCUCACGGUUUUUUUAAAAAGAGACUAGAGUUAUUUAAAGAAUCAUGCUUAUAUGUGGCAUCUCUAUAUUUGACAAGACUCAAGAAUGAUGCAUGCCAGAGACCACUGGUUAGACUGUGGCCUUGUCACGUAUUUUAAGGAUACCAUGCUGGUGUCCCAAUCACAUUUCCUUUAGAUGCCAACAUACUGUGACUAUUGAAGAGGUUAAAGUGUAGCCCUAGCACCAACUUGCUAAUGGGGAAAAAAAUGUUCUUACUUGUGUUCCAGGACAAGGCCCAGAUGGUAUGCCACUAUUUAUGAUAAGUUUACAGUUUCCGGGGUGAAUUAACUAUUUCUUUCAUGUCGUAAAGAAAGCCAAUCUUAAUAAAAUACAAGCCAAGUUGAUUAUUAGAUAAGCUAGGGAGACUUCUGAAAACACCCUAUUUCUUCAUAUUACAAGUAAAGGGGAAUUGCCUCUGUAAAGACCACAGGAGAAGACAUGACUGUAGACACCUGCCUCCUAUCAGUACAGAGUAAAUCUUCAGGUAAAAUAAGACAAGAUGCAUUUAAAUGACCCCUGUCAAGAGCAGUUCUUCAUUGGCACUUUCCUGGGCUUGAGGUUCAACUGAAUGCCCUACUUGAGAAGUCCUGGCCACAGUAAUGGGCAAGAGUGUAUUUUCUAAACAGCUAAUAACCCAUGGCCUUUCGAUGUUUUGGAACAUACAGAAGAACAGAGACUCUGGUUGCUGGGUUCCGACUAGUAACUUCCCUUACCCUGUACGUACAGUCUCGUACAGCACCUCUCUGUGAUACCAUACCAGGCUAACUCCUUGUAGACAGGAAUGGAAGAUGAAAAGCAAGGCACUAUGAUUCAGAGGAAAAUGAGAGAAAUGUAAAAGCACCUUCCUGAAGGCCCCGUGCGCACAGUCAGAAUAGGCUCUGUAUUUCUGUUCCCAUCUCUACACAAUCGGGACUCUUCCUUCACUCCUUCACCCUCUCAGUCUCAGUUUUAACGUUUCUUUUUAUUAGAAUUAAGCAACCUGCUCCAUUUAAAGAAGACAUGAUGAUAAACACACUAUUGAGUGCUGUUGAGUGUCCAGAGUGUGUUUCAUCUCUUUGCACAUCUUUGGCUACAGAGCUCAGUCCUACUUUGUGUUGUUCAAGUGUCUAAUCUUGGGAUUAGACUGGUGAGAUUAUCUUUCCUGAUUCUGAUAAGAGAUUUCUUCAGAACUCAUAACUUGUGAGGAGAGCCUGUAAAUUGGAACCUAAUUCUAGAAUAGCUUGUCCUUUUCCCACAUCAUCCGGAAUAAAAUCACUGUGCACAUAACUCUUUGGUUCCAGUUUAAAAGUAGUCUCUGAACUAGUAGAACUAUUAAGACUUAGGUGACUGACUUCUUCUGGAUGGGUUUCAUGUAAUAUGCCAAUGCCACUCAACCUCUGAAAAGAAUCCCAUAACAGAUUUGUAUGUGUAGAAGGCUCACUGCAAGAAGCAUGUGAGUGUAUUGGAACGCAGUCCUCUUUACUUCUACUCAUCACGUCUAUCCCACUGCCCACAACAGGGGAGAACGCCUCCAUUUGUCUAGUUUCUGAAAGCCUGGUGGUUGCACAUUCUAAAUCUUGCUUACAAAUCAUUUUCUUAUUUACCGAGUCUGACACAUCUUCUGUUGGGGGUUCACUGAUCUGACUUGUUGCCAGAUGUUUCUGAAGUGCACCUUGAAGCUGAUCCGGGACAGCUUUCUCUUCAGGCAAAUAAGACCAAUCAAAAUCUGGGCAAAAAAAUAGCGAGGCUAAAUUCCCUCUGAUUCUGCAGUAUCGAUGAAGACUCUGACGACACUUCUCGAGCUUUCACAUCCACUAGAGCCCCAUCUGAACUUCUGUUCUCUUCAGUGCCCACAGCUUUUCUCCAUGAGCUCCUGCUCUCAGUUAUCAAGGUUUCUGGAGUCCGGGGAAUGUGUUUCCUGGUUAAGAAGGGAUUAGAAAUUAAAGUGUCAACUAGCUCCUCCAAUUCGACUUCUUUUCCCUCCUGAUUUUUUUUUUCCUUUUUAGUCUCUAUGACCCACAGCCCAAUACAGUUCAUGUUACUGUCCUGUUUGAGUCUCAGAAAUGAGUAAUUCUUCGCACCAGUGUUUUGUUGCAUGGUUUGGUGUCACCUGCAAAGGGGAAUGUCACAUUGUACAAAAUGUCUCGUGUAAGUGGUCCUUUAGGUUCUAGGAUAAAGCUGCAGUUUUAUUGAUCAUGUCUGUGGACCAGGCUGCAGACUUUGAGAGCCUGUGUGUGUGUUUGAGUGUGUGCUUAGAUGUUCCCUCAAUGUUAUCAAUUCAGUACUUUUGUUUAAAAUAGUUUCUUCUGAAGGUGGGGGUGGGGAUGUACAUAACUGGGAACGUUUUAUGUACUUAAAUGUUCUUACUGGGUUCCUGUACUGAAGGGUCCAAUUUUUCUUUUUUAUAUAAGUUCACUUUUCACCUUUUUUUUUCCAUGGGGGGAAAGUAGUGCAUCUUGGAAAACAUACUUUAAAUACUGUAUAUAAGACAAUGAAACUUAGUAAUGCCCAUUAUUUAAUAAAGUUUGUAAAGUAGAAAGUAAAUUUUCAUUUGAAUUAAUGGGUUUGCACUGAAACAUUUUAAUGUUUCCACACUGCUUGGCUAUAUUACUCAUUACUUCAUUACUCAUUGAUGUUGGAAGGUCCAGCCCACUGUGGGCAGCACCAUCCCUAGGCAGGUAGUCCUGGGCUAUAUAAGAAUGCUAGCUGAGCAUAACCCUGUGAGCAAGGUAGCAAGCCACAUUUCUCCAGUGGUUUUUGCUUACAGUUUCUGCCUUGAGUUUCUGCCUUGACUUCCUUCAACUGAUAGACCAUGAGCUGGAAGUGUAAGCAAGCGAGUUUUCUUGACAGGAGUC